AUCUAUAAUCAAGUGUCUGAAUAAAAAAAGAUCUGAUUAUAAAUUCACCCAUACUUGAAUCUUUCACUCCAUAAGAUAACCAAACCUUAUUAUCAUUCAUUACUAGAUUAACAGCAAUGUCCAUCCUCACAAUCUUGUUUCUCCUCCUCAUUUCUACUUCAGCAAAAGCUCAAAGAAGAUCCUCCAACAUCACCUUAGGCUCUUCCAUCACACCCUCCUCCAACUCCUCCUGGCCUUCCCCCUCCGGCGUCUACGCCUUCGGAUUCUUCCCCCAACAUGUCAACAGCUACGCUGUCGGCAUCUUUCUUCCCGACAAAACUGUCGUCUGGACAGCCAAUAGGAACAGCGGUCCAACCGCCCCUGACGACGUCGUCUCACUUCUACUAUCCCCUGACGGCCGGCUAAUCCUGCGCCGGAGGCAAGGCCAAGAUGAAGACGUCAUCAGUCUAUCCGCAACCAUCACAUCAGCGUCAAUGCUCGACAACGGCAACUUUGUUCUCUACGGUUCCAAUUCCGUAAUCAUCUGGCAGAGCUUUGAUCACCCGACCAACACCCUCCUACCCGGCCAGCGCCUCCAGCCAGGGAAAGAGCUCUUCUCCAGCGCCUCAGAGACUGACUACGGGAGAGGGAUUUUCAGGCUGAAGAUGCAGACCGAUGGAAACCUCGUGCAGUAUCCUAUCAACACGCCCGAUACAGCGCCUAACCCUUACUAUGCAACAGGCACAAACGGAGCAGGUAGUAACGUCUCUCUCAACCUCGACAACGACGGCCGACUCUAUCUGUUCAACGGUAGCUUGCCUCUGCGGAAUAUAUCUAAUGGUGGAUUCCCUACACAGGGUUCCAUCAAUCUCAUGAGGCUCGACGUCGGAGGAAUCUUCCGCAUCUACUCUUUCUCUCUGGUUAAUCUAACCAUGACCAGGAGAUGGUCCUCCACCGACGACGAGUGUGUUCCCAAAGGUUUCUGCGGUGUCAACUCCUUCUGCAUUCUCAUGGAUAGUGCGCCGCAAUGUCAGUGUCUUCCCGGUUUUGUCUCUGUUCAGUCCGGAAACUACACAGCUGGCUGUUCAAGAACCUUCUCGGCGUAUGGCUGUCCCAAAAUGGACGAUAUGAGAACAGUCGAAAACACCGAAUGGGAGGAUAACUCGUACGACAUUUUGGACAAGAUGACAAGUAAAGAAGAGUGCAGCAAAGCAUGCCUGGAUGACUGCAACUGCGAAGCAGCCUUCUUCAAAGAUAACCGAUGCCGAAAGCAGAAGCUUCCGUUAAGAUUCGGCAGAAGGUCUCUGGGAAACUCAAACAUGGCUCUCAUUCGCUUCAAUACAAACACGGUACCACCCGACAUUGGAGGUAAAAGAAUCAUCAAGAAAGAGCAGCGGACAGACAUUCUCAUCAUUGGCAUUGUGCUUAUGUGUAUAAGCGUCUUGGUAUUAUCGAUUUCUGUGAUUUUUAUUCACAAGAAACGAAAGGACUACAACAAGAUCAAUAAAGACGAGAGAGCUACCUUUGUGGAGGGAAUUUCGCUGCAAGUGUUCACAUUCAAGCAUCUGGUUGAAGCAACAAACGGCUUCAGAGAAGAGCUCGGGAGAGGAGCAUCCGGCACGGUGUUCAAAGGGGUUCUACAUAAUGGCCAGAAAACGGUGGCGGUGAAGAGGUUGGAGAAGGAAGUUGCACAAGGAGAGAUAGAGUUCCAAACAGAGCUGAAGACGAUUGGGAAGAUGUAUCACCGGAACCUAGUCCGGCUUCUAGGUUACUACUUCGAUAGAGUCAACAAACUGUUGGUGCUCGAGUACAUGAGCAACGGAUCCCUUGCAGACAUACUUUUCAAUAAAGGGAAAAGGCCUAGCUGGGAGGAACGGGUGAGGAUUGCUCGAGAUAUAUCAAGGGGGAUACUGUAUUUGCACCAAGAGUGCGAGACACAGAUCAUUCACUGCGAUAUAAAGCCUCAAAACAUACUCAUGGACGAUAACUGGCGCGCCAAGAUAUCGGAUUUUGGGAUGGCGAAGCUCCUGAAGCAAGAUCAGACUAAAACGUAUACUAGGAUAAGAGGCACAAAAGGAUAUGUUGCGCCUGAGUGGUACCAGAAGCAAGCGAUCACAGUGAAAGCGGAUGUGUAUAGCUUUGGAGUGAUGCUGUUGGAGAUCAUAUGUUGUAGGAAGUGUGUUGAUUCGGGCAUGAAUGAGGAUGAGGCAAUUCUUGAGGAAUGGGUUUACGACUGUUAUGCAACGGGGAAGAUUGGGAGUUUGGUAGGGGAUGAGAUGGUGGAGGAGAGGAAAGUAGAGAGGAUGGUGAAGAUAGGGAUAUGGUGUGUGCAAUAUGAUCCGUCGCUGCGUCCAACUAUGAAGAAAGUUCUCCUAAUGUUGGAGGGCACUAUGGAGAUUCCCAUACCUCCUAAACCCACUUCUUUCUUAAGUUCCUAGUUUUAAAAGAGAGUGAUCUUAUGUUUUUUUCCUUUUGUUUUGAAUAACGUCUUGUAACUUGCUUGUCAUAAUGCAAAUCGCAUCAUUUCUCUUAA